CCAAAAGUAUUCACCUGCCAUUGACGACAAGUCUAUCAUCGGCGCCACGUGUGCUGAUGUGUAGUGCUUCUGUGGGUACCGAAGCCUCUGUGACACUACAUCUGAGAGAUGUCAAUUCCAAUGAUUCCAAUUUAUCGUCCGCCUCAUCAGCAGCCUCAGCGUCACAACAAUCGUCACCGGCACAGUCACAGUCACAGACGACGUCGACCAGUGCAAAUACGACCACAACACUGGAUAAUGCAUUAACCAUUGGUUAUCCAGAUCCAGAAAUGUUGGCUGAUGUCUUGGGAACAUUACAAACAGCGUCUUUGAAAAAUACCAGCGUCAGUGAUAGUACAAAAGUGAAUUCCGCCAAAGUGAAUAGUAGCAACAGCCCCAGCAGCAACAACAACAACACCAGUCACAACAGCAACAACAGUGAUAAUACAAUAAUUCACACAAGUUUAAAUGGUUCAUUGAAGAAUCGGAUUACCAUUAGUAAACGUACCUCCCCCAGUAAUAAUAACAACAACAACACAUCUGGCGUACAAACCGUCUCAACGUCCACCAACACCACACCGACAAGUGUGAAUAAAACCAAUAGUUAUAUCAAAAAUUGUCUAAUACGCAGCAGCAGUUGCAGCAACACCACCAACAUUACAUCAUUGGCUCAGAUAAUGAGCAAUAGUAGUACUUGCAGCAACAGUAAUUUCAGCUCGAGCAGCAACGACAGUUGCUUUAGCUAUAGCAGCAACAGCAGUAGUGGUAACUCAAUUGCCCGCAGCAUAACAUCGUUAAGUCACGGUGCAAGAAAAGUUCCUUGCGGCCCACUGUCAUCGUCAUCAUCGUCGGCGUUGUCACAAUCUCCCACAGUAGUGGGAGGAGCAACAGUAGCAAAUAAUAGUAACAAUAACAACAACAGCGUUGCAAAUUCUGCGAAAAUCUUGAAGAAAAAUCGUUCAAAGAUUUCGGCGCCAAGUCGUCACGGACCGCAACAGUGUCAGAUUUGUAAUAAAAUUUUUGGAAAUGCAUCUGCCUUGGCCAAACACAAACUGACGCACAGCGACGAACGGAAAUACGUGUGUGUUAUGUGCUCAAAGGCAUUUAAGCGACAAGAUCACUUAAAUGGACAUAUGAUGACCCAUCGGAACAAAAAACCAUACGAAUGUAAAGCUGAAGGUUGUGGCAAAUCAUAUUGUGAUGCACGAUCCCUGAGGCGACAUACCGAAAAUCAUCACGCCGGCAUUGUAACCCCACACCAGAAUCAAACACUCUCCGGAUCGCAAAAUAAUAAUUCCAAUUCGAAUUUAAGUUUAUCCCCGGCUACGGCAAAUGGUGAUGCCAGUUCACCGGAUGGUGCCACCUGUCUAGGAACAUAUCUCUCAAAUGGUGGCACAGUAGUUGAUGCUGCCACUGGUCUAGCUUUAACCGAAGAAGAAUUGAAAGCUUUAAAUGUACCACUGAAGACAACCAGCGUAACGCUAUUGUCACCCACCUCUACAACCACCUCGUCAUCAAUGUCGUCGACGUCAUCGUCAGCAAGUAGUCUAACCUCUGGCCCAGGUGCCACAAUAACCCUAACCGAUAACAGUGGAAAUAUGGAGGGAGAUGGUUUAACCCGCGAACAAUUGGAUUUGAUCAGUAAAAUUAUGCGGCAGACGAAGCAGACAACGGCCCAGGUUACGGUGUCGUCACCCACCAGUUCCCAAUCAUAUAAAAUCGAUACAAAUCCCCAGCCAAAUCAGCAGCAACAAGUGCAAACCCCAAGGCCUAGGACUUGGAAUAUGCAAUUGCUCAACUCCUCCCAAAAUGUGGCCAUCACCGUGGAUGAAAUCACCACAGAUUCAAAUGCGGUUGCCACAGAGGCCACUGUCGUCACCACCAAAGUCAAAGAGGAAGAAAUCGACAUUGACCUUUCAAAUGCCAUGUCCAACAAUCCCCAACUUUUUAAUUUGGUAAAAAUCGAUCAAAAGCCGGUCGAAUGUAAUCUUUGUCAUCGUAAAUUUAAAAAUGUACCCGCCCUGAAUGGCCAUAUGCGUCUGCAUGGUGGCUAUUUUAAAAAGGACCCCGAAACAAAGAAAAGCGAAAAGAAAGAGAAUAGUGGACCGCCACUGCAGACGGCCAGCAUUGGUGUGCGAGCCUUGAUAGAGGAGAAGAUUAUCAGCAAGCGGAGUAAAGAUUUGAAUAAGGGUGCCUUUGUAGUUCCUGCCCCACCCUCCAAUAACAAUCAAACCAAUCCGACAACAAUGCGCAGAUCAAUUAGUGAUUUGGAUAGUUUUCUAAAUCCCAAACAGAAUACAAUUAACUACAAUGGUAAUAUGACAGUACAACAACAACAAAAUCAGCAGCAACAACAACAACAAGUCUCAACCUCCAAUCAAAUGAAAAAUUCACCCAAAACCCUAAUCAAUAUGACCGAAAUGAAUCUGCCGCAAAGUAUUGAGAUUUAUAGCAACAACAAUAACAACAAACAAUCACAACAACAACAAAAGACAAUGAAUAAUAUUGGAGUGGGUACCGUCACUGCCUCUACGUCCAAUUCAACGAAAUACCAGGCCAUAACAUCUAGCUCGGGCGGAUCAGCAACAACGAUUAAUACAACGACCAGCCGUUCAACAUCCACAGAUCCCAAAGAUUCCACCCUGAUUGAGUUGUUGAAACGUGGCACUCGCAUAGCGGUGACCCAGAAACAGCCCAAUCCGAAUAUGCCGCUAGGUGGCAUUUCCCGUCAAAUAAUAACCAAUAAAAAUAAUUGUAGUGUUAUAAUACCCUCAGAGGUUCAGGUGGUUACCACGAAGGGGAAAAUGAAGAAAGCACAGGAGGAACAGCAACAACAGCAGCAGCAUCAGCAACAACAACAAAUGCAGCAGCAGACACAGCAGCAUCAGGGGAAUGGUAAUACCACCACCACAAAUUUAACCUUGGCCGAUGGUACCCCUUUGUCUCUGACAAUUGCCCAGGGUUCGGAUAGUAAUAGCGGAGAGGUCUAUACCGUUACCUAUACCAGUGAUGGUUCGGGCCUAUUUGGCGAUGCUGAGGUCUAUAAUGUCAGUGAAGCAGAAAUGCUGUUACAAACUGUCGACACCAUGCAGCUGCUCAGUGAGGAGGGUGGUAAUGGAGAGGCCAUGAAAAUGGAGCCCAAUGCGGCAGGCAUUAAUACACCCACAACCUCUGAACAUUCCGAACAUUUUGAGGUUAUCGAAAGUAGUAGUAAUAAUAACAACAAUGCGAACGAGCUGAUUAUGCAGAAUUCUACAUCCUCCUCCGGAAGUUCUUCUACAACCUCGAUACUUAGCCAAAAUAACCUGCGUUCCCAUACCCUGAGUCUGCCAAAUGACCUCAAAGGUGGGCAUCAGUUCGCACCCAAUUUAAAUUCUCCCCUACAUUCACCCUUGGCCUAUCCGACACCACCAUCCAGCCAUGAAAAUGUUACCCAAACCUCCCCCUACAUUGAGGACAACCAUCAUUUUGGUGAUAGCCAAAAUAUUUUCUUUAGUGAAUCCCUGCUCUCGGGUGGUAAUGGCAAUCACGGCGAUCAGGUUGAGGAUCGUGUGUUGAAGUUGAAAAAUGUCCUCGAAGACCACUCCUUUGAUUCGAACAUCAAAGUUGAAGAUUUACUAAGUGGUUCGGGUGCCGAUACGGAAUGUGAUUUACGGGAAUUUGCCGAAGCGAAUUUGUCGUUCCUGGAUGAGGAUCAGGAAUUUCUGAGUGAUUCGCGGAAUGCCACUUCCCCCUUGUCGGAAUCAUUUUUCACCAGUGGCAUUGGCACGGCGGAGGAGGUAAAGGAGGUACUGCGUGAGGUCCUUACCGAAGAUCAAAUGAAUUUGAAUUGUGAAAGUCAACAGGAGAACAUCAUCGAUUUGUAUUAUCUACCUGGGUUGAGUUUGCAGUCGCAAAUGAUGCCAAAUUCGGAGGAUCCGCUGUUGUCUUCGUCGCCCAGAGAUUUUGGUCAACUGAAAAUUGUCAAUUCCAUGCAACAGCAGCAACAACAACAGCAGCAGCUACAGCAAAUGUCAAACAUUCCCCAACAACAGCAGCAGCAACAACAACAUCAAAUGACCCAGAACCUGGCCUACCCUCUUCAGCAGCAGCAACCGCACCAGGCCACCCUCAAACUGGCAUUGGAUGCCGGAGUACAAAGCUCCCAGAAUCCAGGAAAUGCACAGAUACCCCAGCAGCAGCAACCCACACAUUAUAUGGCUUCCUCCCAGCAGCAACAACAACAAAAUAUAAAUUCUCUUAAUGAGGCCUUAAUGCAACCGAUAAUAUAUGCCACCAGUGGUACCACCGAUAAAAUUGAAAUAAAAUUAGAACAGCCUGCAGGAUCGGCAGGGGAAGGUAGCAACAUAAGUAGCAGCAGCAGUAGCAACAACCACAACAAUCAAUUGAAUCCUCAGCCUCCUCCUUCACAACAACAACAGCAACAACCAACUCGAAUAUUACACACACCGCGUAAUAAUCCCGCCUACUCCUCAACCUCUCUGCAGCCACUUUCCAAUCAAACCAAUUCCAUACUGAAAAGACGUCUUAAGGCUGGUGGCGGCGGAUUGCAUCCGCACGACUCAUCCAGCUCCCAAUCAUAUUCCAAAUAUCAGGCCCUAUCGCCAUACAAAUCGAAGUUAAGGAAACCCUCUAGGACCCACUAUACCCCGGCACCCAUACUCAACCCGGAACGCAAGGGCCAUGGCCUUUAUUGUAAUGUUCUCAAAGAACUGGGUUGCUCUCUACUCUCCUUCGAUAAUUUCGAUGAUUUUGAUGAUGACCCGGUGGGAUUGGUCGACUUCUCCGAUGAGUCCAAGGUGAAUUUGGGUUCAGCCUAUCAGGCUUCGAUACCAGCAUUUAUUGCCAACAACACGGAAAUUGAGGAGACCGUGGCAGCGGAACUAAUGUGGAAUCCCGACUGUCAGCGUGAUGAAAAGAUUUUAAUGCGCUUCAUUGAUUUAAGUAAAUCUUCGGCGGUACCCUUGGGUAGCCAUACCGAAGAGGUGGCAUUGCAAACUUUAUUACAGGCCCAAGGGAAUACGGCGACUGCUGUAUUAAAUCUCCUACAGACCCAAUCGAAUUCGUUCCAAAUGAAAUGGUCCUCACAGGAAUUGGAAUGUUUCCUGAAGGGUCUGGAGAAACAUGGCAAGGAGUUUAGUAAAAUCUCAAAGGAGCUCGGCACAAAAUCCACGGGUGAAUGUGUACAAAUGUAUUAUUUCUGGAAGAAGCUGUGUGUGGACUAUAAAGUGACCCACCUAAAAACUGAGACACCACCCCAGAUACAACAUCAUACAGCUGAUCCGAAACCUUAUGUGUGUGAAAUACCUGAUUGUUCAGCGAGCUUUUCUUCUAAAGCAGCCCUGCAUGGUCAUACACGCAUUCAUACCUAUGGCCGUAAUACGCAUAAUAACAAUAGCAACAGCCAGAAUGGCAACAGUAAUAACAGCAACAACAAUGCUAGCAACUCAAAUAGUAGCAACAACAACCAAAACAACACUAAUCCCAAUGCCUCGUCUGCGAACACCUCCUCAGCUAGCAACAACAACAACAGUAACAACCACCAACAAACUACAAUGCACAGUGGUUCGAAUACACUGCAAUUGAAUGGCAGCCAAUCAGCCAUGCCGGGCUGUGGCAAUUCCAAAGAUCCCAAUAAUGCCAAUAAAGACAUUACCGAAUUUCCCUGCAAGGUGUGCGGCAAAGUAUUCAAUAAAAUAAAAAGUCGCAGUGCCCACAUGAAGACCCAUCGUGUUACGGACAAUGAAACCUCGGUACAAAUUACAAAUAAUCAAAAUCAUGCCGUGCAACAGCAUCAUAACCAACAACAACAACAGCAGCAGCAACAGUCCCAGCAACAACUUUAA